CCCCUGAGAGAAAAUCACUGAAGCGCACUGCAUUCUGUCGGACUCACAUAGCUAGUUCAAUUCUGCAGUAACGGUAUUGUUGAUUUUGAAGGACGCACGUGACUUAUAUUUCUCUCUUCAGUGGGGCUGGGAAAGAUCUGGAAGGUUGCUGCAUGUUUAUUCUGUAGCGUAGCGAAGACAUUAAACUUCACAAGAACCGUUAUAAAUAUCCUGUUGUGCUUGAAACUAUUGGCAGCAGACUUUCCUCCAGAUUUCACCAGGAAAAACGUCUUUCUUCUAGUCAUUCGUGUGAAAAGGUUGAAGAUGUCCAACUGCACCCUUAACGUCACCAACACAGUCCUGUACCUACAAGCAGUCACUUCGAUACCCACCUUCAUCCUCGGGGUCCUGGGAAACAUAUUCGUCCUGGUGGUGUUCUGCCGGCGUCGCAGAGCAGAAUGGACCUACAUGAACAUCUACAUCACCAAUAUGUCCAUCGCAGACUGCGUUCUGUUGGUGUUCCUUCCCGUUAAGAUCUAUUUCUACGACAAGCCAUUGGACGGGAAAUUAAUGGGACUGUGUAAUUGUGUGUUGUCGGUUUAUUACAUCAACAUGUACGUGAGUAUCUUCACCAUCACUGCCAUAAGUGUGGUGCGGUACGUGGCCAUCAAGUACCCCUUGAAGGCCAGGCAAAUUUUCUGUCGUAGGAAUGCUCUGGUGGUUUGUUCGCUCAUAUGGUUCACCAUUGGCUGCAUCAGCCCGAUUUACUUCGUGACAGACUCUAGUAACGAUAAAAGCAAGUGCUUCCAGAGGGUCAGAGAAGGCCUGUCGUUGCAUUUCGUCUUGUUGUUGAUCAUCGUUGGGUUCCUCUUGCCAUUUAUGAUCAUGAUGUACUGCUCCGUCAGGAUCAUUUACACUCUGCGUAAGCAGUUGAACAUCGGAUCCCGUUCGGAAAAGAUCCAAUGCAUGUUCAUCAUCGCGGCCAAUUUCAUUGUGUUUGUCAUAUGCUUUUUCCCCGUCCACUUGGGUUACAUUGUUAAAUACAUCGUGCAAUACGACUACGGAACACCAGAGGAUAACUACAGCUGCGACGAUAAGCAGCUCGCGCACAACUUCCUGCACAGCACUCUUUCCAUUUCCAGUAUGAACUGCGGUUUGGACUGCUUUAGCUAUUUUUUUGCCACCAAAACCUCAUGGAAUAUGUGCCGCGCAAACCUAAAUAAAAAAGAAGAACGUGCAAAUACCUGUGACACGGUUUCAGAUCAAAUUAGCAAGACUACUUAACUCUUUCCCCGCUAUUGACAGAAUUUUCUUGCUUUCUGUGUUUUCUGCUGUUAUACGCUAGGGGGCGCUAUUACGCAUCUUCUGAAAGAGUAAGCGAAGAAGUGAAGAAGAAGCAGAAACAAGCGAUAGAGGCAUUGCUUACGCACGUGUAAAAUAACGCAUUCAUCAAAACUGCCUAACGUUACUGAUAGAAUAUCAAAACCAUGAAGAGGAAACGACUGUGAAGUUUUGGAGGUUUUGAUGGACAUCUUCCGCAUCCGUGUUUUGAUCAUCGUUCUGAUUCCCAUCCGGACGAAGACUUUCUCAGCUUCUUGCUCAAAAUGUUGCUUUUUUUAUGAAACGUAUCCACAUUUAAGUUUUGGUAUAAAAAAAAAAAUGCAUGAAGCUAGAAUAAACUGUUUGUUUAAAAGCAUGUUCAGAUAUUCAUACUACAAAAUAUUGUACUUUUGUGAAAGUUAUCAAAAAUGCUUUCAUUGUAAAGUCCUUUUGUGUAAGUUGUAUAAUGGAUUGCAUUAUUAAACCUGGCUUUUGCAUCAAUAAAAAAAUAGUAUAUUAAUGCUAGACUGGCUAGUUAACUUAAAUCAUUCUAAAUAGUUUAAGCUGUACAAUGAGUCUAAAGUGUUAAACUCAACGGCGCAAUUGUGGCUUCCUUAUAGGAUUUGUUUUUUGGAGCAUACGUUGGCUGGUUAACCUACUAAUGCUACCAUUUUCCACAGCUACCAGCUAAAGCUGUGUUUUCCAACUGAGAAUUAAGUAAACCUUGAACAUAAACCUGUUUGAUAUGUCCCACCGUCUUCCUGUUCCAGUUGAAAUGACGUCAACACAAUGAAUAAUGCUGCAAGUUCCAAGUACUUUAGUGGGUCUUUAGGAUACGCAUCCGUGGCCAAAUUGGAAGUGAACACAGGAAGGGCAGAAGUCUUGAAGUCGCUUUGGUCAGUCACCAUUUUAAUCACAUUUUAGCUUUUCCGUAGUAAACCAACAUACACUCUGUUAUUUAUCCUAUAGAAAACAAUUGUAGUAUAAACAAUAGUUUGAAUACUAUAAAAUCCAGAUGUGUUUUGAAAAUGUGUUUUGGCUUGAACAUGCUAGCCAAGUAACUGUGGCGAAAGAAUCCAAGAAGAGAAGAGGGAGGAGAGAACCUGCAAAUGAGAACAUUGGUUAAAACUGUAUAAACGUGUGAGAUGGUCAAAUGUUGUGCAGGCAUCUCGGCUUUGCUGCUUUGUCCAAUAAAGUCUUAUUUUGACUUCUGGAA